AUGACAACAGGAAAUGAAGAAGAGCCUGAGAGAAGGAAACCAAGCAAGAGCAAAUGUCUUGAGGACAAGUAUAGAGAACUUGAAAGGGCUGGAGAGUUCAUGAGGGAUGUGGACUUAGAAAGAGGAGGAGAAGAGGAUGGAAGGGGGGACUUCACUCAUGAUAAAGAAGCCAUGGAUUCAGAUUUCCAGUGGAGGGGAUGUGCGGAGGAAGAGGAUUUUGAAGACUGCAAAGAAUUCUGGGAAGGUGGAGUUCCCAAAGCUGUCUCUGGACACUCAGGAACUACAGAGGACACAGAAAAUGGGGCAAAUGAAGCUCCAAAAGGACCCCUAACAGUCUUUUGUGUGAUUGGUCAGACCCACCCCAUGUCACAAACCAAUGCGAAUUCAUAUGUACAUCCUACUGUUGAAGAGGCAGGCAAUCCGCAUUCAUGUCAUAACAUGGGCACUCAAGAUGAAAUGAGCAUAAAUGAAGCAUUUGAAAAGGUUGAACACUGUGAACAGGACAUUGAAAGAGCAAUGGACGACCUCAGUCUUUGUCCUAAUGUGGAAAAAAGGGGAGGGAACAGGAAAGAGACUCAUAGUGAAGACAAAAUACAAAGAGGAGCAAAAGAACCUACCGGAGACUCAGUGGAGCAUUCUGGUUCUGAUGACACAUGGAGCACAUGUGAGGAACGAAAGCGAUGCUCUACUGCUCCUCACCUUAGAUGGGCCAAGAACGUGGUGAGAGAGAUCCUGGGCCUAAAGUCAGUGGACACAGAAAAUGCAAGAGGUAGUGUGACACACAUAGACACGCAAACCAACACACAAACAGAGGGUGAGAGAGAAAUGGAAAAAUCAAGGAAAGAGAAAGAAAUAAUAGAGGGAGGAGAAGAACAACAGGGAGGGAUGGAGAGAGAAUUGAAUGAGAACCGUGACUGGCUGGAUCCUAGUUCUAACCAGCACACGGUUUCCUCAGAAGGAGAGGCAGAGGGGAAGGUAGAAGAAGUAUAUAAGAAGAAAGAGAGCAAAGAGGAAGUUGUUCUAAGCUCUAGUAGUUUUCGAGAUUUGGGGAAUGAGGCUCGCACGAGGAGGCGAGGGUUCCGAAAGUCAGCGGAGAAAACCAAAGAAGAGGAAGAGGAUGAGGCAGAGGAAGAGGGAGUUGGAAGGGACCGCAGGACGAGAAUAUUCAACAAAUCAGAUGAAGAAGAGGACGAAUUAUGUUUUACCUGGAGUGAAAUGGAUCUAAGGAAACUUGGGGAGGACAAAGAAGAGGAAUUCGAAAUUCUUUAACUCUCAGUUGUAUCAGGAGUACAGUGAGGUGGUCCAGAACAGAGAGAUUCUGCUGUCUCAUUCUGAUUCUCUAUCAAUCAGUUCAUCUUCCUCUCCAAAUCAUUCCCCUAAGUUAUCACGCAGACCUCUCCCACCUGUCCCUCAAGCCCUCCUAUUGCCUCACGCUCUGUCCCAAACCAACUCCUUUAAAAGUCUAAAUGUGCCUCAGCAAUCCAUAAA